UGGCGGCAUAUGUCAUUUCGUGGAAUUGUUCUGAGUAGGCAGGCGUUUUUUCUGUGUCAUAUUUGUUUUUUCACCACGACAACAUGGCGACAUUCGUGUUGCUGGUUGAAUUACACUGAGUUAGCAUUCUUUCAGUGAAUAUUUUGUGAUUCUUUCGGUGUGGUGUAUAUGUUUUGUGCAUAUCAUUGUUGUUUAGUUGUUUUAUUUGUAACAGAAUAGAAAUAGUUUAGUUAUAAAGAAGCAGCGGGUAGGUCUGGAAUAAAAUAUGAAGCUGCUGCUAAUACUUCUUUUUGCUCUUGUGGCAGUGAACUGCGAAUUUCAAAGGUGAGUCCAUAGCAUACUGCAUACUGCAAUUACGUAUAUUGUCGGUUCCGGGCUGCCAAGAUUUGCAAAAUAGUGUCUACUUAUGUCUAAAAAUAUAAUGCAUUUCCAACUGAUACUUUGUCCAAGUGGAAUUUUACAUUAUUGCGACGUUUCUCUUUUAAUUUUCAUCCUGUUGUUUAACCUGGAAUUAGUACUUUUCAGUUCUCUACUGGACUUGUGCCGAUUCAGCUCUUUUUCCACAUACCGAAUACCCUUGUAUAAGUUCAAAUCAAUUAGAAGGAGUCUUCAGGAAGUUGGAACUGAUGUAAGACAAGUUGUGUUAAAUGGAAAUAAGUAUAGGAGUCAAAGUGGACCAGUGCCUGAGCCCCUUUCCAACUACCUAGAUGCUCAGUAUUACGGCCCUAUUAGCAUUGGUACUCCACCACAAACUUUCAAGGUUGUCUUUGAUACAGGAUCUUCCAAUUUGUGGGUGCCCUCAAAGAAGUGUCAUUUUACCAACAUAGCAUGUUUGCUCCAUAACAAGUAUGACUCUUCAAAAUCAUCAUCCUACAAGAAGAAUGGAACCUCCUUUGCCAUUCAGUAUGGUUCUGGAAGCCUUGAUGGAUUCUUGUCCACUGACCAUGUCUCUUUUGGUGGGCUGACAGUUAAAGAACAAACCUUCGCCGAGGCCAUGAACGAACCGGGUAUGGCUUUUGUAGCUGCCAAAUUCGACGGCAUCUUGGGAAUGGGCUACAGCAGAAUUGCAGUAGAUGGCGUUCCUCCAGUUUUUUACAACAUGAUCGAUCAAGGACUCGUGAAACAACCAGUGUUCUCCUUCUACUUGAACAGAGAUCCUGCAGCGGCUCAGGGUGGUGAACUGAUCCUAGGUGGGUCUGACAAAGCUCAUUACAAGGGUGAAUUCACUUAUCUGCCAGUAGACCGUCAAGCAUACUGGCAGUUCAAGAUGGACAAGGUAGAAGUAGGCUCUGACAAGGUCUUUUUGCGCUAACGGAUGCGAAGCCAUUGCCGAUACUGGAACCAGUCUCAUCGCUGGACCUUCCAAGGAAGUCAACGCCAUCAACAAGGCAAUUGGGGCUACACCAAUCAUGGGAGGCGAAUACUUGGUCAGCUGUGACUCUAUCCCAAAGCUACCAACCAUCAAUUUUGAUUUGGGUGGAAAGCAAUUUUCCUUGGAGGGAAAAGACUACAUCUUAAGGGU